GUUUUCCUGUUUCCUAGCAUGCUUUUCAAACUGUUCUUUUAUAAAGACCACCACACCCAACAGCUACUUUCUAUAUUCCUCAAUCACACACACACAUAUAUUCACUAAAUCACAUAAACUUUGGUGCAUAUCUAUCUUUUUGCUUGGUAGCUUUAAUUAAUUUCUCUCUUUCUUCAUUGAUCAUAUAUGGCUGAAGUUGUUGAAUACCAUGCAAAUUCCAACACAAACACCCCUACCACCCCACCAUCUUUGAAGCUCUUUGGCAUCAACAUUCAUCACAAGAUCUCAAAUAAAGAUCAAAACACUACUACUACUACUACUCAUCAAAAAGAACAACCAUGUUUGAUGAAUCAAUCACCAUCACCACCACAGAAAUCUGAACAAGAUAAUUGUUCUUUUGAUGACCCUUUUAAUAACUCAUCAUCAUCAUCAUCAAGGGAUGCAAGAAAAUAUGAGUGCCAAUAUUGUUGUAGAGAGUUUGCAAAUUCACAAGCACUUGGUGGGCACCAAAAUGCACACAAGAAAGAGAGGCAGCUCCUGAAACGUGCUCAAAUGCAAGCUGCACGUGGCUUUGUUGCUUCACACUUUCAAAGCACAAUCAUGUCAUCAUCACAGGUGCCACAUCUUCUAGCUGUUGGUGGUGGUGCCGGUGUGCCACCGCCACAACCUUCUUCUCAGGCAUCUUCAUGGUUCUAUUAUACAAGUGGUGGUGGCACACCCACCAGCUUUGGUGAUUAUGCAUACCAUUCAGGUCCUGAAAGACAUGUCUAUGGUGGUAGUAGUGGUGGUGACGACAUCUAUUUUAGAGAAUCUCGCAUGAUCACAACAAAUUUGUUAUGCCACCACCGUCACCAAUAUCUGUCAAGAUUUGAUAGUCUUGACAGUAAUGGUAACAGUGGUGGUGGUCAACUUAGUAGUAGUGAACAAGGGUUAAGAUUGAAUUUGCAUCUUAGUUUAUAAUCUGUGAGUUGAAAAUUUUAACGUUAAUCUCCAACAUGAUGUAGUAUAUAGAUUCUCUCAUGUAUGUACAUUUUCGUUAAGUAAUAAAUUAUGAUAAUUUUUUGCUGCA